AUGGAUGAUGUCUUCAGUGUUGACAGCAAUUCGACUGGCGUCCAAAGGGGGCGACUUAGAAGAGGAGAACAUCCUAAGUGCAAGUGCAGGACAUAUGCCGUAAUAUCCAGGUCUCGCACAGCAGAAAAUCCGAAUAGGCUGUUCUUUGGCUGUCCUCACUUCAAGGAAAAGCAAGGAUAUUGUGAUUUUUUUUUUGUAUGGUUUGAUGAGAUUUUUGGGUAUUUGGUGGAUGAUGUAGUUGAAAGCCGUAGAUUGGCCUCUGUAGAGACAUGCGUGGGUGAAGAAUUUGGUGCAGGUUUAGAUUAUUGCUUAGAGGAGAAAGUGAAACAAUUGAAGGAGAUGUUAAUAAAGAGAAAUGAAGAUAGUUCAAAACUCAAGAAGGACAGUGUUCUAAGGUUGUUUAGUAGUGUAAUAAUAGGUGCACUUGUAGUUGUGAUUCUGUUUUGUAUCUAUGUGGUGGUUAUUUAA